ACAUUUGCACAAGUGUCGAAGUGGUGAUAUUUGACUUGCUGCGCGCAUCUUACGUACCCGCUUUCGUAGGAUAAGAUACCCUCGGAGGUACUUAAGCGAGGUGUUAAGUUGUGACUGAGCUGGAGCCAGAAACGAAUUAUCAACUAGUAUAUCAGGUGGCUAAACAGCGAAAUGUCGCAUUUACGCUCUUUCUUGCUUGUCCUCGGCGUCGUCGUCUCCGGACUUGCCAACGAUGAUGUCUGUAACGAGAAGGUGGCACCUGGUUCCGAGCUUGGUACACUAUCGUUUCUUGAGCGGAGAAUGAAAAAUGGGCAAGAUUUUAACGAAUGGACGAACAAAUGGUGGCCGUUCAAAAUGGAAUCUGAGAAGGCGAAUAUCUCUCCGUUAAACUUCGCUGAUGCUGUAAAUACUUACAACAGUCUCCCCAAUGUAGAGAAGGCUUUUAUUCCACCAGGACUGAAAUGGUGUGGAGAUGGAGAUCGGGCGAAAGAUUACGAAGAUCUCGGCCGCUACAAGGAUACAGAUAUGUGUUGCCGAGACCAUGACCACUGCAAAAACAAUAUGGUCGCCAAUGGAACGUUAGAAAAUCUCAAGAAUAACGGUCCCUUCACAAGAUCCGCUUGUUACUGUGACUUUGAGUUUCAUAAAUGUCUGAAAAAAGCCAAUAGUUUUAUCGCCAAUCGGAUCGGAAAAAUGUACUUCAAUACAUUGGGACCGCAAUGUUUCAGUUGCAUAUGUCCGACAGAUGAAUGCAAGGAAGACGACAAGACAGAGUGCAAGGACAAAUGCAUCAGGUACAAAUGGAUCGAUGCUCUAAAGUAUUAAGCUAAUAGUUGCAGUAAAACUGGCGCUGAGUUCUGGAAUGAUCCCUGCAUUUAAUGGGGCUGUAAAAGUCCAUAAAAGUAAUUCUGCCUAACUUUAUCCAAAAUCUGAAUAAAGUCAGGUAGAACUAUUCUUACGAAUUUAGAAUGUAAUAAAUGCACCUGCAAUUUGUUAAACUGCUUUCACUCUUAACAAACUCUUGUCUUGAUUAGUGACCUUACGUUCUCGAAAAUGCGCAAUCUCGCCUAAAAACAAUUGUCAUUCUAGCGACUAACAAAAGACCAUGAUGUUUUUUUUAUUAAGAUUGGCGAGAGUAAAUCGAUCUACAUCAGUUUCCUUGUUUGUUUGAGCUUUUAGAAGCUAUUAAAGCAUAUAUAUUCUGCUGUAAAGUUAUAUUAAUCAUUGUACAAUGUUAUGCAAGUACGAUGUAUAUAAUGUAAAUAAACUAACAACUUGAGCAUCAUAGAAAAUUA